AAAGUGAGAAGGGAGACAACUCUUGAUUGGAAUGAAGAAGGGUGUGCAGAGAGUGGUUAAAUGAUGAAGGGGAACGGGGGAAAGAAGCUGCAAGAGGACGAGGGGGAUGGAGAUGGAGGGCACAAGAGAGUGAGGGGUUGCAAAGGUAACAAACAGAAGGGUGAAUAUCAUAAGAGGUUGCUCAGACAUGAAACACAUGUAUUAGUAGUAGUAUAAGCUGUUUGGUUGGGGUUACUCUCUUGUACAAACCAAUAGGAAGGCUACAGGGGAGCAGUGAAUAGUAUCAAGAUGUGGAUGACUUUGGUUGGGAAGUGCGGUAAGAAACAGAUUCAGAGAGAGUGAGUGAGAGAGUGAGUGAAUGAAGUCUUGCUCGUCAACAAGAACUUCCGGUGACCACGGGGUUGUC